AUGAAUAGGUCGGCUGUUUAUUAUCACACUGGUUAUAUUCCCGAACAUUAUAUCAAUGAAAAAUGUUGGUACGUACGUGAACAAAUUGAAAAAUCACGUGCUGUUAAAUGUCCAACAGUUCGAUCACAAUUAGCAGGUUGUAAAAUUGUUCAAGAAUAUUUAACACAUGAAAAUAUCAUUGAAAAAUAUAUUAAUGAUGAAAAUUUGUCGAAAAAUAUACGUUCAACAUUUGCAUUAAUAAAAUAG